GUUGCUGUCUCAACUUUCCAUUUAGAGCAAGAUUCUCUAUUGUUGUUGCAGUUUGAAGCACUUUACACGCACAAGGACGUCGCGACUCAUUAUUUCUGACUAAUUUAGUUAACUAGCUACAUGUAUCAGUAACCAUGACUCAAGCUGAGAAAGAGCAGGACAGCGGGAAGGAGAAAGAAAAGGAACGAGAUAAAGAGAAAGAGAAAGAGCAACAACGUGGGGUGAAAAGACCCAUCGCUCCUCCAGCCAUCCCAGACCCUCUUCAGGAGCAAAUACAAAGCAAUUUUAUAAUUGUCAUCAACCCUGGUUCAAGGACACUCCGCAUUGGCCGAGCAACAGACACUCUUCCAGUAACACUCCCACAUGUGAUAGCCCGCAGACACAAGCAAACUGGACAGCCCUCAUAUGAAGAUCCCUGGCUGUUGAGAGAUGGUCUAAAUAAAGUAGAGAGUAAUGAGCAGAGGCAGAAUGGGCUUAAAAUGGUUGACCAAGCCAUCUGGUCCAAGAAGAUGUCGAAUGGAGUGCGGAGGACACCUGUGUCCGCUGAACAGGCCAGAGCGUAUAACUGUCAGAUCCGGCCGGCAGUACUAGACAGCAGCUCAAGGGUGAAGUGGACCAACACAACUCACCAGCCUCCUCAUCUGGUGGGAGAGGAGGCUAUUUAUGUGAAUCCAUCUGACUGUUACAACAUCCACUGGCCUGUAGUUAGAGGUCAGCUUAAUGUGCACGCCAGUCCUGGAGGCUCACUGACCGCUGUCCUGGCUGACCUCGAGACCAUCUGGACUCAUGUUAUUCAAAAGCAACUAGAGAUCCCCCUCAAAGACUUAAAGUAUUACAGAUGCAUCCUAUUGGUCCCUGACAUUUACAACAGGCAGCACAUCAAAGAAGUUGUCAACAUGCUGCUGCUUAACAUGGGCUUCUCAGCAAUCAUUGUGCACCAUGAGUCGGUGUGUGCUACCUUUGGCAGCGGGCUGAGCAGUGCUUGUGUCGUAGAUGUAGGAGACCAGAAGACCAGUCUUUGCUGUGUAGAGGAUGGAGUGUCCCACCGCAACUCCAGGCUGUGUUUGGCAUACGGUGGCUCAGAUGUGACCCGAACUUUCUUCUGGCUCCUUCAGAGGGCGGGCUUUCCCUACAGAGACUGUCAGCUGUCCAGCAGACUGGACUGUCAGCUCCUGCAGCAUCUGAAAGAGACUUUUUGCCAUCUAAACCAAGACAUAUCAGGACUACAAGAUCAUGAAUUCCGGACACGUUUCCCAGACGCCCCAGCUCUUCUCUACCAGGUUCGACUCGGGGACGAGAAAUUACAGGCACCUAUGGGUCUUUUCUACCCAACCACAUUUGGCAUCGUAGGUCAGAAGAUGACAUCACUUCAGUACCGUUCCCAAGGCGACUCAGAGGAUCCUCAUGAUGAACACUACCUGCUGGCUACACAGAGCAAACAGGACCAGUCCUCCAAAUCUGCUGCAGACCGGAAGGGUAUUUCCAGACCAGGUGGUGGUAUGGAUGGUGAGAUGAGUGGUCAGGGAGGGAUUGGGGAGCUCUCUGACCUCACCAGGGGCUGUGGGAGUGGUGGUGGUGGAGGAGCGAUGAAGGUGGAGAUGGAAUUUGGGCCUGCCCAGGGGGAGUGUCUGAUGGGGGCGGGAGAGGUGGAAGAGCCCCUGUCUGCUCACCUCUCCAGGAAGACUGCUAUCAUGAGCCAGUUUGAGAGCAAAGCACUGGGCCUGGAUAAAGCCAUCCUGCAUAGCAUCGACUGCUGUGGAUCAGAUGAAACCAAACGCAAGAUGUACAGCUCCAUCCUGGUAGUGGGAGGAGGGCUCAUGUUCCGUGGUGCUCAGGAGUUUCUGCUUCACCGCAUCAUCAACAAGAUGCCACCCUCAUUCAGAAGACUGGUAGACAAUGUGGAAGUUAUCACACGGCCAAAGGACAUGGACCCUCAGCUGAUCUCGUGGAAGGGAGGAGCUGUGCUGGCGUGUCUCGACACCACUCAGGAGAUGUGGAUCCACCAGAGGGAGUGGCAGCGCUUUGGUGUCCGAAUGCUCCGUGAGAGAGCUGCCUUUGUCUGGUGAAACCAAACAGAUUGGACUUAAAUCUAACACCGUUUCUACACCGGAGGCAUAGUGUGGGCAUGUAAACAUGCAGAAAGACUAAAAUUAUACUACUCUUAAAUA